AUGACAAGGAGUGAUGCUAUAAUUCAUAAUCAAGCAGCAUCAAUCAAAAAUUUGGAGACUCAAGUAGGUCAAUUGGCAGAAGCACUUAGAAGCAGACCUCAAGGAGCCUUGUCAAACAAUACUGAAGUCCCAAAGAAGAAUAAAGAAGAACAGGUCAAUGCUAUAUCAUUACGGAGUGGUAAAGCCGUAGAUGAACCAGAAAUCAUAAAGAAUUACCAUGAGCAGAAGCAGAAAGCAUCGAAUCAGCAUGAAGAAGAUAAAGUUGUUGAAGAGGAGGAAAAUCAUGAUCAACCUAAAGAACCUCAAGUUGCUGGCACUGAGAAUACUGCUAUAGCAAAACCACAGCAAGGUCAGACUAUCAGCAAAACAACAAGACCACCACCUCCCUUUCCUCAAAGAUUGCAGAAGCAAACUAAUGACAAGCAAUACAAGAAGUUCCUUGAUGUUCUAAAACAAUUGCAUAUUAAUGUACCCUUGGUUGAAGCACUUGAGCAAAUGCCAAGUUAUGCAAAAUUUAUGAAGGACAUUUUGGCAAAAAAGAGGAAGCUGGAGGAAUAUGAGACAAUAGCUCUCACCCAAGAAAGUAGUCAAUACUACCUCAACAAGUUACCACCAAACCUUAAAGAUCUAGGAAGUUUUACUAUUAAUUGUACUAUUGGUAACCAAUAUGUAGGCAAUGCAUUAUUAGAUUUAGGUUCAAAUUUGAACCUUAUGCCUAAAAGUAUUUUCAGAAAGCUUGGAAUAGGAGAAGCACGUCCAACCACUAUCCGUUAUUGA